AUGUCUCGCGAAGCUUACCAAGUCCCCUCCAUGGGUGGCCAGAGCGGCUUCGGAAAUGAGGGCGGGUUCAGCAGCAUGGCUGUUGACAGCCCCUCGGUUGUCUAUCUCUGCGGCGAGUGCUCGGCUCGCGUGCCUCUGAAGCGUGGUGACCAGAUCCGCUGCAAGGACUGCGGCCACCGUGUGCUGUACAAGGAGCGGACGAAGCGCAUGGUCCAGUUCGAGGCCCGUUAA